AUGGCUACUCAGUGUGGUAAAAUGCUCAACAGUGAUUAUCUCCGGAGACACAACGAAGUUGUGAAGUGUAUUCACCUUAACUUGUGCCGAAUGUAUGGACUCAAAAAAGCAAGACGAUUGAAGGGACAUUCUGUUCAGUCAACACUGUCGACGGGAAAAGUUGAAAUCAGGGUUGAUUCGACAAUCCUCACCGAAACAAAAGUAGAAUACAACAAGCCAGAUAUCUUUGUCCACGACAAAGUCAGAAACGAAAUAAAUCUAAUUGAAGUGGGUAUUACUUCACAGGAUCGCCUCAAGCAAGUGGAGGUUGAAAAGUGUCACAAGUAUGACCUAUUGGCAAGUGAGCUUUCGCUUCUGUAUAGCUGUCAAGUAAAAAUAAUUCCUGUGGUUAUGACAUGGGUGGAGUUGUCUCGAAAUGCUUCAAAAAUUAUAUGA